CAUUUAGCAGAAAGGAUCAACUCUGUGCCGUUGACGCCGCCAUGAACAUGCUUUGCAGAGUUGGUCAGAUACGCAGGGGCGCUGCCGGUGUCAGCCAAGCCAUACAGCAGGUAGCUGCGUCCAGACAGAAGCACUCGCUUCCUGACCUAACCUACGACUAUGGCGCCCUGGAGCCUCAUAUCAAUGCAGAGAUCAUGCAGCUGCACCACAGCAAGCACCACGCCACAUAUGUCAACAACCUCAACGUGACCGAGGAGAAGUAUCAAGAAGCACUUGCCAAAGGAGAUGUGACCACACAAGUUUCCCUUCAGCCUGCUCUCAAGUUCAACGGCGGAGGUCACAUUAACCACACUAUCUUCUGGACGAACCUCUCUCCCAAUGGUGGGGGUGAGCCACAAGGGGAGCUGAUGGAGGCCAUCAAGCGGGACUUUGGCUCCUUCCAGAACAUGAAGGAGAGAAUGUCUGCUGCCACGGUGGCAGUGCAAGGCUCGGGCUGGGGGUGGCUGGGCUUUGACAAGCAGAGCGGAAGACUUGGCAUCGCGGCUUGUGCCAACCAGGAUCCUCUACAGGGGACCACAGGUCUGGUCCCCCUUCUGGGCAUCGACGUAUGGGAGCACGCCUACUAUCUUCAGUACAAAAACGUCCGGCCAGACUACGUUAAGGCCAUCUGGAACGUCAUCAACUGGGAGAAUGUGAGCGAGCGUCUCCAGACUGCCAAGAAAUAGACUCGGCCGAUCCAUAACACACCGCACUGGCCUGCACCCCAAAGUAAUCAUUUGUACAAUGUUUUGCAUUAAGACCCUGAAGUGUUUAUUUUCAAGUGCACACGGUCAAAACACACACAUACUGGCUGAUGUACAUGCUAUGAUGUAAUCAGGGACAUGUCGCAGUUGAUGUAAUCCAUGUUUUCGAUGUCUAAUAAUAAAAUUAUAUGA